UUCAGACCUAUGAUUACCCCUCAUAUAAUCGAUGAUUUUGACUGCGUGAUACAAAUAUCAUCUUCGCAGAUUUCCUCACCCCCUCCUCCAAUAGUAGUACCCAUACAAAGUCUUUGAACCGUUCUGGAUCCUGCUUGUCAUACAUACACCACCCCCUCUAUCUAUCCUUGCAGCCUUGCCUACUCCCAGCCAACAUGCCCCAGAAGCUUUAUGUCACCUACAACCAGGUCCACAAACUAUGUCAGACCUCCGCGGACGAGAUUCUGAACAACUUCCACCCUAAUCUCAUGAUUGCCAUUGGUGGUGGAGGUUAUAUUCCUGCUCGUAUUCUUCGCUCGUUCCUGAAGCGCCCGGGCGACCCCAAUAUCCCGAUCCAGGCCAUCGGUCUGUCGCUGUAUGAAAAUCUGGGCCGCGGCGACCCGGAGGAGGUUCCCGGAACCAAGGUCACUCGCACACAAUGGCUGGACCUGAGCUCCCUGGAGAUGGCAAACCUCAUCGGAAAGAACAUCCUCAUUGUUGACGAAGUUGAUGACACACGGACGACCCUCGAGUACGCAGUGCGCGAGCUUCAGAAGGAUGUUGAGUUGGCACAGAAACAGCUCGGACGGGAGGGCGAGACGACGAAUUUCUUUGUUUUUGUGCUUCACAACAAGAACAAGGACAAGAAGGGCAUCCUGCCGGCAGACAUGAUGGAGUCGAAUCGCUACCAUGCGUCCGUUACAACCGACGAUGUUUGGAUUUGCUACCCGUGGGAGGCUAUGGACAUCGACGAGCACGACCGGUUGGCUCAACAGAACACCAUCGUCUGAGCAUCUACUACGGAGUACUCGGUCAAACUGCUUAGCCCUAGCUCAUUCCCUCCCUUUUGCCAGUCCAGAAAAUUGCUUCUGUUGGGCAUGCAUAGGCACCGGCUCUAUAUUUGCACAUAUAUUGCUUCUGUCCCCAUUCCUCCGAGCUGCGGAGGAGACAUUUUGGGUAUUUAAAACUACUUCCGAUGGUGUUUCUGAUAGUUUCAUAGAACAAAAAGCAAUUCGCUACUAUGAUGACAAACUUUUUGCUACCAUUUCAACCAAUUGUUCCUAGGCUUGAGCUACACUUAGCUCCAGAGUGGCAGUUACACCCGGGCCACUGCGACAUCUUGCUUGCUUAUUUGCAUAGCGUAUACAACCCGCUGUCGGAUCCUGUAUUUUCAUGACACGCAAAUAUAUAUA